AAUCAUGUUUCAUAGCAAUCUGAUUCACCUCUUCUCCCUUUCAACUUAAUAACCCAACCAAAAUAAAAGAACCACUAAAAGUAAAAAAAAAAUGAUAGAAUUAAUCAGUCGUCGGCAUUUAGAAUCGUUCAUCUCCGUAUUCGUCACAGCGCACCCUCAUGAGAUCUCUGCUUUGAUCCAUUCUUCCUCAUGUUUCUUCUUUAUUUUGAGUGCUUAUUUUGUGGUGCUGCCAUUGAGGGAUGAAGGGGCAAUUUCAUUGGGAUUAUCUAAUUUACCUGGAUUGUUUGUUGGGUCUUUACUGUUGACUUUGAUAGCUGCUCCUGUUUCUACUCUCAUAUUUUCUUUGCCUAAUCUUUCCAAAGUCGGGGCUUUGAUUUUUAUACACAGGUUUUUUAGUAUAUCACUUGUUGUGUUCUUCAUUCUAUGGCAUACUUCAUCAAUGGAGUCUUCACAAUUCUAUUCAAAGAAUUCACUCGGGCUUUCCACCGAACCCAAAAUCGGUAUUGAUCAAGACAGUUCCAUUGAUUCUAGAAGUUGGAGAAACCAUGGUUGGUUUUAUGUUUUAGUUAGAAUUGGAUUGUUCCUCUGGGUUGCCCUGCUUAAUCUUAUUACAAUAUCUUCAACUUGGGCUAGAAUAAUUGAUGUCAUGGAUAGCGAGUCAGGUUCAAGAUUAUUUGGUUUCAUUGGUGCUGGUGCUACGCUUGGCCAGCUCUUUGGGUCUUUGUUUGCCACUGGAAUGGCUUGGCUGGGGUCAUUUCUUCUCCUAUUUGCUGCUGUUUUAAUGGAACUAGCGGCACAGUCAUCGAAAGGGAUCAACAAGGAUAUAGGUUACAUCCCUGAAGAGUUAACUCCUAUAAGAAGAGCUGACUUGGAUCAACCAAAAGAAGAUGAUGACAAGAACACCACAUCGACUCUCAAAGUUUCUUCCCCUAAACAAACUACCUCUCCUGUGAAGCCUCAGCUUUGGGCUAUCUUAGAUGGAUUGCAGCUCAUAUUCACAUCAACCUAUUUGUUGCAUGUGUCAUUAUUCCUCUGGUUGAGUGCAGUUGUCUCCUCUUUCUUCUAUUUUCAGAAAGUGAAUGUAAUUGCCAUGACAGUUGCAAGUUCAGUUGGCAGAAGAAGAUUGCUUGGCCAGAUAAAUAGCUUUAUUGCUGUUUUUAUCCUCACUGGACAACUAACCUUAACGGGACGCAUUCUUACUGUUGCUGGGGUUACUAUAGCUCUAUGUUGCACCCCAUUUGUUGCCUUCUCUAACCUGCUUGCUGUUGCCUUAUGGCCAACUUGGAUAGUAGUUGCCAUUUCUGAGACCCUAAGAAAGGUGGUCAAUUAUGUUGUAACCAAGCCCGGAAGAGAACUACUAUUUACGGUUGUUUCUGAGGAUGAGAAAUACAAAGCUAAAAUAUGCAUAGAUGUAAUUGUCCAGCGACUCGGGGAUGCUACGGCAGCUGGCAUAUACAAGCUACUUUUCAGCGCUCUCAAUGGACGGAUAUCAACAGUUUCUCUGUAUGCACUCCCUGUUAGUUUAGUUUGGAUUGUUACAGCAUUUUAUUUAGGACGCCAUCAAACGCAUUUAGCAAAGCUCCAGGUUGGAUCAUGUUGAAAAUUUUCUGAAACAUGAUUCGUUUUACCUUUCUUUCGGAAUCGAAGAAUGAACAGGUCAAGAUCCUUACUUUCAUCAAAAAGAUUGCUAGAGGCAACAUAUUCUAUUAGCGGUUUCGAUCAAAGGAUUACCAGCUGUUUGGCAUCUUCAGUUGCAGUAAGAGGUUGCCAUUCUCAGCACCAAGCGGCUAGCGUAUGAGACAACAUUAGUUUCUUUUCUAGUUUUAACAAACUUUCACGGCCUGAAAAGUUACCGAUUUCAUCGCAGAGCGAGGUUUUUAGUUUCAGCAACUUGUAGUCGGUGUUGAAGGCUUGAAGUUGCCCAGGAUUUGUCCACGAGAUGUUUACAUAUACUGUAUAAUGUACCAGUUCCUAUUGCAUAUGAAAUGCAAUUGUUAGAUGACAUAUAAUCGUCUAAUUCACAAGAUAUUGAAACUAG